AUGGACUUCCAUAUAUCCUACCUUCCUAUCUUGAUUGCGUUCAUUGCUAUUCUGUACCGGUUUAUCCUCUAUCCAGCGUUCUGGUCGCCAUUAGCUGCUGUGCCUCCUGCGCAUUGGUCUUGCAGGUUCAGUUCUCUUUGGCUCCUGUGGGUAAGAUGGUCGCAAAAGGAAAAUCGAACGGUAUACGAGCAGCAUAUGAGAAAGGGUCCUGCCGUUAGACUUGCACCAAAACUCGUCAGUUUGAAUUGCUUCGAGGAUGGUCUGCGAGCGGUCUACCAGGGCGGCUUCCCCAAGGUGCCUUUUUAUUUUCACGGAUUUGCCAACUAUGAGACGGAAAACAUCUUUACGUUUGAGGACAAUGCAAGUCAUACGGCCCGGAAGCGAUUAAUUUCCAACACCUUUUCGAAAUCGUUCAUCAUGUCAUCGCAGACGGCACGAGCGGCGAUAAGAGAUGUCUUGUUUGGCGAUUGUUUGGCGAUUUUGGAAAAAGCGGCAGUCCAUGGUACACCAGUCGAAGUGCUCGAGUUGAACUAUUCGUACUCGAUGGACACCUUCGUUCAAUGGCAAUUUGGUAAAUCGCUGCGCAGUCACUUCCUCCGAGACUCCAGUGAACGGGGGCUCUAUCUGGAUGGAUUCUUCGCACCCGCUCAUUACACCUUCUGGCGGUACGAGUUUCCGCAGCUGACCGGAUUCCUUCGCAGACUGGGCAUCUUCUUGAUACCUGCAUGGGUUGACGCGGCAUAUCGUGCAGUCGAGGACUGGAAUUUGGUCAAAUGUGACAAGGCGCAGCAGCUGCUGGCGACCGGCACCUCUCUGUCUCCAGAAGACCAACCGGUCGUGUUCGAACAGGCCUUGAAGACGAUGAGCAAGAUCGACUCCAAACCUCGAGCGUAUCCGCAACGUCUCCAGAUUGCCAGCGACAUGUUUGCACACAACUCGGCAGCAUUCGAAACCAGCGGCAACGUCGAGACCUAUCUCUUCUACGAAAUGUGCCGGAACCCCGAGUGGCAGGAGAAACUACGAGAAGAGUUGCUAACCCUGAACCCACCAUUGAGAUUCGAUCCUACGCGGAAAUUCGAGACUGAGGACAUUGCACAACCCCAAGACGUCGACUCCUUACCCAUCCUCCACGCCAUUAUCAUGGAGACCCUCCGACUCUGGGCUCCAGUACCAGGCGGACAACCACGAAAAGUGCCAAAGGCUUGCACGCUGGGAGGAGUCCCCAACAUUCCCGCCGGGACCAUCGUACAAUGCUCUGCAUAUUCCCUGCAUAGGACACCUGAGGUUUUCCCCGAUCCACAUCGAUGGAACCCUCAGCGAUGGCUGGACGCGUCCCCCGCACACCUCGCCACGAUGAAGCAUUGGUUCUGGGCCUUUGGGAGUGGCGGAAGAAUGUGCAUCGGAAGUCACUUUGCUUUUUACUCCAUGAAGUACUUAAUUGCGGGCGUUUACACCAAUUAUCGAACCACCAUCCACGAUCAUGGAGAUAUGGAAGCGAUCGAUGAGUAUAUGUCAGGACCCAAAGGCCACCGGUUGGAGGUGAAAUUCCACAAAAUAGAAUGA